UAAUGAUUUCGGUGCUGCCGCUUACACGCAAGACAAACGUUAGUUGAGAACGAAACUGCUGUUUGUAAAUAGUGGAUUCUUCUGGGGUCUCAGUCAAUUAAUUUCUCAAAAUUUUACCCAACUAACUCUCUGAUGAAGAUCUGAUUUGCUCAUCUUCAGCAAAGUAUUGGUUCCAAAAACACCAUGUCGCUUUUCACUUACACAGAAGCGGCGGAAAUCAGCCUUCGCGUGGCCUUCUCGUUUCUUGUGCUAAUCACCCUCGUCGGUAACUCUCUGGUCUGUCUUGUUGUCCUGAGAAACCGGCUGAUGAGAAGCGCUAUGAACUAUUUGUUGGUGAAUCUCGCCUGCGCCGAUAUGGUGGUAGCUAUAUUUGUGAUCCCUCGGUAUAUCUUAAUUCACACGUACCAACACCCCAUGGGGCACACCGGGGACUACCUCUGCAAGUUCCUAACCGGAGGGAAUUUGGUAUGGACCGGGGGCGUGGUCUCGGUGGUAUCACUGAUUGCUGUUGCAGUUGAAAGAUAUUUUGCGGUGUUGUACCCACACGACGAGAAAAAACGCAUCACAAAGGCCAAACUCAAAUUCAUCAUACCUGCCUGUUGGCUGUUUUCAAUCCUCUGGAAUCUUCCAGUAUAUGUGUUGGUGAAAUACAACGAGGAUUUAGAUUUUUGCUUCGAGGAUUGGCCCUCUGGUUGGUAUUUGAAUGCUUAUAGCCUUGGAUGGCUCAUUGUAGUCGGAAUUUUACCGUUGUCUGUUAUGACGCUUCUUUACAGCCGAGUGGUUUUUAAACUCUGGGUCACAAGUUCGCAACCGGUAGAACAAUCACAGCGCGCCGUCAUCAAGUCGCGCAAACGUGUCACGAAAAUGGUCUUGACCGUGACAAUUGUUUGCGCAGUAUGUUGGCUUCCCAAUCUCAUUGCCUAUGUUCUUGAUUUCUAUGGAUUAAACUCUCAAGGCGACAUAGUUCACACGACAACCGUUGUCCUAGUAACUUUAAACUCAGCUGUUAAUCCGAUCAUCUACUGUUUUCAGAGCAGACAGUUUAGGAGAUGUGUCAAGGUACUUUUGCUUUCUCCAUGUUCGAUGCGGCGAACUGCAACUGUAGGACCCGCCUAGAAUUUCGGAUACACAGGAAGAAACCGUGAGGCUUCUGAAGAAUUGAAGUUGAUUUUUUCACCUGAAGGAAAAGAGUAAAACUUAGUUCAUGAACUAAGAGAAGUCGUCCUGAAACAAGCAUCCUCCCAGUGACAUAUUUCAGAGUCUAAAUUUAAUUCGAAGUCAUACUGCGCAGCUAUUUUAAGAACGGUGUCUCACUAACCAUACGUAAUAAGUUACAAUAGGCUUUGAUUUUUUGCCAAAGCAAUUCCAGAAAAGACUGAUUAUGUUACGAAAAACAGUUUUUAUAGGCCGCAAGAGGACUUGAACUCAACUUUACAGCGCUGAGUCGGGUGAAAAUGAUUGGAAUAAACUAAGAUAUAAGAGACUAAUUUGAGUUUUACCCGACUAAGGACAACGUUUAAAGGUCAGGCUGUCAGAAACACGAUUUUCUUAAGUUAUUCUCUUGUUUCACACUUGUUUUAAAAAAAUGUUAACCAAGAAAAAAUUAGUGGCCCGUCGGCAGGGAGACUGAGGCGAAAGGUAAUAGCUUUUGUAACGAAGUAAGAUUAGUUCAUGAAAAGAUAUUGAAAAGAAAAAUGAAUGAAUUAUUCAUCAGUUUAUACAUGGAAAUCCUUGCUAUGAACUCAUGAACCCUUUGUAUUUAAUUGAGUUGUAU